AUGAGUACAAUAGAUAAACUAGAGAGCAUAAAGAGUAGAAAAAAUGAAACAGAGGCUAAUGAGAAUACCCUAGAGAGACACGAGAAUGAUGAUGAGGAAUCACAGAGGCAGUCAAAAGAGAUUAUAGACUCGAAAACUACUGAAUAUGAGGAUGAUGAAGAUGAAAUAUAUUCAAAAUAUUCACCAGCUAAAAAGAGAUUAUUUGUAUUUAUUGUGGCAUUAUCAUGUUUUUUAUCACCCAUAAGUUCAAUGGCUUUAUUACCAGCUGUUUCUGUAAUUGCUGAAAGAUUCAAUACAACUGGUGUGAUAAUCAAUGUUUCAAAUGCUGUUUAUUGUAUAGUGAUGGCUAUAUCACCAUGUGUUUUAGGACCAUUUGGUUAUUUAUAUGGAAGAAGAAUCACAUUUAUUUUAUGCCUUUCAUUGUUUGUUAUUACAACUAUAUUAACUGCAUUAUCACAAAAUUUGGCAAUGUUUUUCAUAUUUAGAGCUUUAUGUGCAUUUUUUGGUACUCCCUUUUUCUCAGUUGGUGCUACUAUUAUUGGUGAUAUUUAUAAGCCUGAAGAAAGAGGUACAGGAAAUGCAUGGACUUUAUCAGGAAGUCAGUUGGGUCCUAUUAUAGGCCCUGUGCUGGGUGGUAUUUGUGUCACUUACACAAGCUGGAGAGUUAUCUUUUGGAUACAGGUUGGUCUUGCAUCCUUUGAUUUGAUAUUAUCAAUUUUGUUCUUACCAGAAACUGGUAGAAAUAUUGCCAUUGUGAACAUUAAGAAAGAGACUGGUAAAACGGUUUACUGGGUACCUUAUAAUCCAUUCAGUGUCAUUUUAGCUUUCAAAUAUAAAAAUCUGAUCUUGGCUGGUAUAAUUAGCUCUUCAUUACAUUACAAUAUGUAUUCAUUAUUAACGCCAAUUAGAUAUGUUGUUGAUCCAAGAUUUGGAUUAGAAGAUCCAGUGUAUGGUGGAUUAUUUUAUCUUGCACCAGGUGGUGGUUAUCUAGUAGGUUCAUUCCUUGGUGGUAGAUGGGCAGAUUAUCAUGUUCGUAAAUAUAAGAAGCUAAGAGGAAGAAGAAUACCUGAAGAUAGAUUACGUUCAAUGCCUUUUGCCUAUGGGGUUAUAGUACCAGGUACAAUUUUAAUUUAUGGAUGGGUGUUAGAGAAAGAGAAAGGUGGAAUGGCCGUACCAAUAAUAAUGAUGUUUAUUGGUGGGUUUGGUCAAACUAUAUGUUUCCCAAGUGUUAACUCAUAUUGUGUUGAUUCAAUGCCUCAAUUGAAGGGUGAUGCCAUUUCGGGAAAUUAUGCUAUAAGAUUCAUAGCAGCUGCUAUAGGGAGUGCCACUGUUCUUAUUCAAAUAAAUCAUAUUGGUAUAGGUUGGACCUGUACUAUAUCUGCUUGUUUCUUAUGGACCGGAUCGUUUGCAUUGUUUCUUUUGAUACGUUAUGGUGAGAGAAUGAGAGGUCAAUAUGAUAUUUCUAAAGAACCUAUAGAAGCCACACUGGAAUCAAAAGCAUAG